AUGUCUACUACUACAUGUACUUCGAACAAGCAACGAACGGAUGCCAUUGCUACUCUAAUAUCCUUCUACAAGAACAAGUACAGCAGCAGCAGCAACAAUGCCUUCUUUGUCCAUGAUUCCAUAGAGUACUAUUCCGAUGAACAAACGGGUGUGGGAGUUCGUGCCAGACAAGAUAUCCCACAAGGCACCACGGUCCUCAAAGUCCCCGAUGCCGAGCGCGUUUCCUUGUCCAAUGUCCCGACAUGGAUGACAUCCAAGAAAGCCAAAGCGGCACUGACAAAGGUCCAAGAUGACUACUUACAAGUGCAGCAAACAUUCGUGUCGGGAAUCGGAUGUUUGGGCGAUAUCUAUCCUUACGGAGAGACUUGUUUGACCGUUUGCGUCCUGCACCUGUUGGCAGCAGCCAAUCAGCACAAGUUUGAUCACAUUACCCAAGCAUGGCCGACGGUGGAGGAAUUUGAAACCUACUGCUAUCCUAUUUGGUUUCCCGACUAUCACUCUCCGGAAUUCCGACAAUUGAUUGAAGGAACUGCCACGCUGGACUAUAUUGACCGCCAUGCCAAGGCGUUACGACACGCCUUUGAUACGGUCGUGUUGCCUAACAUUACUGCUACUUGUAGUAAAGAGUUCUUGCCGCAAGCGUUUCACAACACCAACCAGUCCACGACGGAAAAUCUGUGGACGGCAUUUCGAUAUGCUAGUUCUUUGGUACGCUCUCGAAGCCACGAAGGCAAAAUUGCCGGUGAGUGUGAUAUCAUCCCCAUUGUCGACUUGACCAACGGAAUGCCCUCCUACUGCACACAAAAGUUAAACGUCGAGUACAAGAGUGGUAGUGAAACCGUUGGCAAGAACAAGAAGAAAACACCCGUCACAUGUAUAGUGACUAUCAAGGAUAUCCCCGCCGGCACCGAACUCCUGCUCUCGUAUGGCAAUGUCCACGCAUCGCACUUUGCCAUUCGGUACGGGUGCUUCCCACCCGAUAUUGUACAUGACCGGGAAGGAUCUCUCGAUUUUGUCACCCUUCACGUCCCUCCAUCUUUGGCCCCGACCGACCAAAUGCGAGCCGGAGCCUGCCGAAAGGCCAGUCUUCCCAGUACCAAACAACAAAUUGAACAGUUUUUCAACCUGGGCUGUCAUUACGAUGCGCUAGAGCCAUUCCGACAACAAUCACAAUCUACUAGCACCGAAGUAACAAUAUCAGAGCCAUUGGCACGAUUGCAAAAGUUUUUCAUCCUGUGUCAUUUGCUGAACGAAGAAGCUCUGCCAACCUUUCUCUCCACGGGACGAUUGCCAACCAAUCGAUCAUGGAGUUUGCAACUGGAGGGACAGUUGCAUUUGUCGGUACUAGAUUAUACCCUGGAAAAGGUCACAACUCUGAAUUUCAGUACCAAUGAGGAGGAUCUUGACAAGGCUGCCAAUCAUCAUGCCAGCCGGAACGAUCUGGUUGCCGCAUACCAUACUCGAAUCUGCCAGCGUGAUAGCUUGGCGCAAUGGAGACACGCCGUUUGUCAACGGUACCAGUAUCCUUCCGAACAUGUCCUUUCUGAGGUUCAGUUUCAGACGGCCGUGGCACAACUAGUAUCCUCCAUGGGCAAUACACAGAAUGAGAGCAGCCAGAUUCCCCGAUCAGAAGCGCCCCAAUGCAUCCUAAGAAGUCGGGGUUGCCCCGUCUGUGGACGAACGCUGAAUCUCAAAGCCUGUUCCCGUUGUAAGCAGGUAAAGUACUGUUGCAAGGACCAUCAAUUAGUUGGCUGGAAGAAAUUGGGGCACAAACGAGAGUGCAAUCCGUCCUUGGCUAGCUAG